CAGACACACACACACACAGAGGGCAGUGGAUGAGGCUCCAGUGUGCAAUUGCCACUCUUCGUAAAAGUAAAGACGGACUUUAAAGGCAGAAAGACUCACUGUUGCAGUGCAUUGGUUUCUUCCGAGGAGUAAAGAGAGAGGAGAGAGAGAGAGAGAGGAGAGGGAAAGGAUACGUUUUUAACAGCCAAUUCCCCCCCAGAAACAGUUGCAAUUGCGUUCGAGUUAACAGGUUCGACACACAGAUAAAAGCACUUCACUCCUAUGCACUGCUUUACGAUGAGGCAGAUUGAAUAGUUCUGUAAGGCAGUCUGUCCAUCAAUCAGUAUGGCUCUGGUUGCUGGGAGUGGCUCUGAACGGGAAUUCAAAUCCUUCCCCUGCACUUUAGAAAACGUGGAGACCUGCACCAAGAAGGGCCUUUAUUAUAAAAAAGUCAAACUCCUUCACCCAGACGAGGAUGUCUACUGCAUCACACAUCUAGAUGACAGAACGCGGUAUGUGAUUAUUAAUGUGGGAGGGAUUAAGUACAAGAUCCCUUGGACAACACUUGACGAGUUCCCAUUAACGCGGCUGGGAAAACUGAAGUCAUGCAACAAUUAUGAUGAAAUCAUGGACAUUUGCGAUGAUUAUGACGUAAACGGCAACGAAUUUUUCUUUGAUCGCAAUCCGUGUGCCUUCAGAACUAUUAUGACUUUCCUGACUGUUGGGAAGCUGAGGCUCCUCAGGGAAAUGUGUGCUCUCUCCUUUCGGGAGGAGCUGGUUUAUUGGGGCAUCGAGGAUGAAAACCUGGAGUGGUGUUGUCGUCGUAGGAUGUAUCAGAAAGAAGAGGAUCUGGCAGACAUCAAGAAGGAUUAUGAAGUGCUACUUUCUGAAGAAUCUCAGGGUGCCUUUGAUGACACGACCCGUCUGGGUCAUUGUAUGAAGAAGCUCAGGGACAUGGUGGAGAACCCCCAGUCAGGGAUCCCAGGAAAGAUUUUUGCCUGCCUCUCUGUCUUAUUUGUGACAAUCACUACAGUAAGUCUCUGCAUCAGCACCAUGCCUGAUCUAAGAGACGAGGAAGAGAGGGGUGAAUGUUCCCAAAAGUGUUACAACAUAUUUAUACUAGAAACCAUCUGUGUUGCCUGGUUUUCACUGGAAUUCAUGCUGCGAUUUAUCCAGACACCGAGCAAAUGUGCAUUUCUGAGAAAUCCCCUCAACAUCAUUGAUAUCAUGGCCAUUUUGCCUUACUACAUCAGCCUGAUUGUAGAUGCUGUCUCAGCCGAUGAGAAGCCGAGUGGCUCUGGGAAUAUGGACUUGGAGAAAGUGGGCCUCGUCCUCCGUGUCCUGCGUGCUUUACGGAUUUUGUAUGUCAUGAGGUUGGUUCGUCACUCGCUGGGGCUUCAGACUCUGGGGCUCACUGUCCGCCGGUGCACACGGGAGUUUGGCCUCCUUCUGCUUUUUCUCUGCGUGGCCAUGGCACUCUUCUCACCUGUGGUCUUUUUAGCUGAAAGUGAAGUGGGAGCGAAACAUGAAUUCACCAGCAUCCCAGGAUCCUACUGGUGGGCAGUGAUCUCCAUGACCACAGUGGGAUACGGGGACAUGGUCCCACGUAGCAUCCCUGGCCAGGUGGUGGCUUUGAGCAGCAUCCUAAGCGGCAUUCUCCUGAUGGCCUUCCCAGUUACCUCUAUCUUUCACACCUUCUCCCGCUCUUACAUGGAGCUGAAAGAUCAGCAAGAGCGCAUUGCAAGGCACAAAGCCCAGCUCAAAGGAAGCCAGGCUUUGUCAAAAAGUGACAGCUCUCAGGAAUCUGACAGCUCAUUUCCAACAGAGAUUGCAAAUUCCCCACUGCAUAAUCGCAGGAGAGCAAUGACAUAA